ACCAUGAGGGGAAACAGCAAAGCUACCUUCUCUAAAUAAAUAUGAUGGCGUUAGAUCCGGCGUCAGCCCGGUCUUCGUAAGCGCGCAGCGGGAUGGCCUUAACAAGGCGUAUAAGAUGUCGUGAAUGACCCUGCGUGGUUGAGACGUAUCUCACAUAUCAGCCCUACCCGUUUAACCGGUGUGCUGUCGCCCGUACGAAGACUCGAGCUACUCGAGUCCAAUUCCUCAAGAUGGUGGCCUUCAAACCUGCGAGCUGGUUUGCCCAGUACUUUGCUCUUCUAGCACCGUUUGUUUCUACUGCGAACGCUGCCCCUCCGGACGACCACCGCGUGGUUCUAUACUACCAGACCGGACUGGCAUCUGGCGAUAGCCAUGUGUCUUUGCUGCCUCUCAUCCAGGCCGAGGACACAAUCUCGGCUACUCAUGUCCUCAUUGCUGCAUUGCACGUAAUUGACGAUGAUGGCGGCCUCCAUCUGAACGACGAUCCCCCGGAUAGCGACGUCUUUGACGAGAUGUGGAGCGAAGCUGCGCAACUUCAGGCUGCUGGUGUUAAGGUUAUGGUUAUGAUCGGAGGCGCCGCACGAGGCAGCUUUGAACGUUUGGAUGGUGACGACGCUUCAUUCGAGAGAUACUAUGCCCCGAUCCACGAUCUUGUUGGCGCACAUAACAUCCAAGGCUUGGAUCUCGACGUAGAGGAGAGCUUCUCUUUGAACGGCAUCAUCCGCCUAAUCGACCGCCUCAAGGCAGAUUUUGGCUCCGACUUUAUCAUCACGCUCGCACCCGUUGCUUCUGCGCUCACUGAGGGCGGUGGCAAUCUCAGCGGUUUCAACUAUUUCGAUCUUGAAGCGCAGCGCGGUAGCUCGAUUGCUUUCUACAACGCCCAGUUUUACUUCGGCUGGGGAUAUGCUGGAAGUGCAAGCGACUAUGAGAGCAUUAUCGACGACGGCUUUGCUGCAAACCGGGUUGUAAUGGGUCUGUUGAGCAGCCCCGACAAUGGCAGCGGCUACGUUUCUCUCGACUCGCAGGCUCCCGUGCUGCAAGAACUCAUCACAGAGAAUGGAGCAUUCGGCGGUGUCGCUAACUGGGAGUACUUCAACUCGCUCCCUGGCGGCAAAGAUGCUCCAUGGCAAUGGGCUUCCUGGAUGGCCGAGCAUAUGGUCGCCGCCAGAAAGAUGGAAAGGGCUGAGGUCUCAUCUUCGGAAGCACUCUGGCGCGGCGUCAGGAAGCUUGGUCGCCGGAUGCGCCGUGAGGCCAAGAAAUCAUACCAUCACUAUAUCGCAUAGACAAGGUGUCAGUCAUGUCGGCGGGUUUCUUAACGGAUACCCCAUCUCUCAAUCCGACAGAGGGCAG